AUGGGACGCAUCAACAGCGGCGAUGGUGUAGAGCACACGACGCCCAACGGCGCUGCGAAUGGGGUGGGAGCGAAACGGCCGGUGGUGGAUGGGCAGAGGGAUGGGUUUAUGGGGUUAUGGCAGGGACAGAAGAGUACGGUGAUUGUGUUUGUUCUGACGGUGCUGUUUUUGAUACAUUAUAUCGCGAGACCACUACUCCCACCGACAGCGACAGAACUUGCCACGCAAAAACCGUCAAACCUACACGUGGUCAUACCGGCGAGCAAAGCGGACCCCAACUUGUGCAAAGUCCUCCUCAGCGCCGCAAUCCUCGGCUACCCGAGUCCAGCCAUCAUCAACUGGCAGAAGGACUUCAGCGACGGAAGUCUCGUGGAAGGCGGUUCCCACCUGGCGAAAAUCUCCGGUGUCUACGAGUACCUCGCCUCCUUUGACGAGACCCACGAGGACGACCUGGUGCUCAUGGUCGAUGGCUUUGAUAUCUGGUUUCAACUCCGGCCGCAGACGCUGAUUGAUCGGUAUUUUGACGUUAACCGGAGAGCGGAUCAGAGGAUUCGCAACGAGCUGGGGCCGGCGGCUGAGAAGUAUGGGAUUAGGCAGGAGAUUAUCUUUGGGUGUCAGAAGAGGUGCUGGCCGUGGACUUUUGACGACCCGCCUUGUUAUGCUGUGCCAGAGUCGAAUUUGCCGAAGGACAUCUAUGGGCCUGAGACGGAUACUGACGUUGGAAACGAAGAGAAUCCGUACAUCAAGUACAGGCAAAGGUUCUUAAACUCUGGAGUCGGCAUGGGCACUCUUCGUGCGAUGCGGAAGAUGUUUGGGCAGGCGCUGGCGCAGGCCGAGAAGGAGCGAAACUUCGGCAGUGAUCAGUUCAUCUUCAGUCAUAUCUUCGGCGACCAGCAAGUGUGGCGGGAGGUCUUACGGCGUGACUCCAUGUCUGCCAGGCAGAAGAUGCAGCACAAGUGGCGUGGCCCACCGGCAAAUCGCAAUUACAACGAAAAGCAUCUGACAGAAGUGGUCGAGAAAGCAAAGACUCGCGAGGACGGCAACUUCGAGUUCGGCAUUGGCGUGGACUACGAGAGCAAGAUCGGGCUCAAUACCGUCUUCGCCGAAGACGACACUGAGUGGGUGCACUUCAACGAUGAAGCGCAGCUCCGCGACGUCCAAGCAUCUCGCAGUAUUGACCCGACCACUGGCCAUCUACAAGGCAUCGAAGCAGAUAUCGACGCCUCCCUACCGCCUUUCUGGACCUUCUCCUACGAAAAAGACCUCCCGCGCUGGACCAGCUGGCGCAACGUCUCCCUCUUCACCGACGUCUGGACAGGUGUCACUCCAGCGAUCAUCCACCACAACGCCCACCGCAACGGCCUCAAAUCGCUGCGCGAAACGUGGUGGCCGAACAUCUGGUUCCAGAACCACUCGCGAACGCUGCUGGAUGCACAUAUCUACGCGCCUGUGGUGCCGAUUGCCUACUCGGGGUAUGAUAAUGCUACGGCGCGGGAGUUCUGGCCUUACGACAUCUGGAAGGGAGGGGCGAGGAAUGGGUAUGCGGCGUUGGGGUCUAGUGGGGGAGACAACUGGAUCAAGUUUGAUGAUGUUUGUGAGGCGUAUCAUGAGGAGAUCUGGCGGGAUGGGAAGGGCGCUUGGGUAUUGCCGUUGGUUCAUUGA